UAUAUAUAACCUCAGAAACCCUACCUUCUAUCGCCUUUCUCUCUCUCUCUCUGCAAAUUCACUAUCAAUGGCAGUUGACACACUUCGCCUUCGCAAGAACUCGCUCAACUCCUCCGCCGGAGCUUCGGCGGAGCCCAGACCUCUUGCGCCGUCGCCGCCUUCUCCCAAUGAAUCGCAGCAGUUUAGAGUUCCGCCUCUGAAGGAGUCACACUUUAGGGGAGUCCGAAAGCGACCGUGGGGCCGAUUCGCGGCCGAGAUACGCGAUCCGUGGAAGAAGACGCGCAAGUGGCUCGGAACCUUCGACACGGCGGAGGAAGCGGCGCGUGCGUACGACGACGCCGCACGGAGCCUACGCGGUCCCAAGGCCAAGACAAACUUCGGUCACGGAGGCCUCGCCGGGCCUAUCAUGACCGCGGCUCCGCCUCAGUCGGUCGUCGUCGGAGACUGUAUGCAGUUAUGGAGACAGCCGGUGUACUUGCACAGCGUGACGCCGUCAUCGGCGCCGGCGAGAUCGGAGUACAAGGGAUACAAGCUUGAGAAUGUGGAUGUGGUGGUGAGCGAGCAGGAGAAGACGAUGGGUAAAGAAAAGAAACCAUUCUUGUUCGAUCUGAAUCUGCCGGCGCCGUUGUUCUGAGCCGCCGGAAACAGUGAUUCUCCGGCGAAAAUACAAAUAGAGGAGGAGGACACGCUGUGGUAAGAGGCUCGGUUUUUUUUUUUUCCUUUCUUUUUUGUGAAGCUUCGAAAUUCCAUUUUUGCCCCCAUUCGGAAGCUUUAAUUUCUAUUAUUGUACAGGUAGUAACUAAAUCUAAAUAUUGUAACCAAAGAGGGGGUUAAAUUAAAUGUACUUUAGACAAGUUUUUGUCUAGUUAAUUGGGUCUCACGAGUUACCCCAGAGACUUUGACUCGGUCUCAACUCGUCUAAAUCUUUAUAGAUUUGAUGAAAAUAUGCUUACUUUAGCCCGAGUUGAAUCGGAAUCUCGUUGAUAA